CAGAAUCCCUAUAAAAGCAAAAAACUACAGACGAAAUUCAUUCUAUUCCAGAAACUUCCACAAUCAUCAUGUACACCAAACUUUUCGCUCUCUUCGCCCUCUUGGCCGCUGCCAACGCAAGUGCAAUCUUCUACCCUCAGACCAAAAUCGCGGAUGUUGCUGUCGCAAAAACCAGCAUUGUUGGCCCUGCCGGUAACAUUACCAAGGAAGAACACGUGCCAGUGAUCACCCACGAGCCCGCUGCCUUCGUCGCCAACCCCGUAUUCCGUUACCUCCAGCACCCCGUAGUUCUAGGAGGCGAUGCUGUAGUUCACCAACACGAAGUCUCCGUUGUUCAUCCCCCAGUCCUCCCUUUCCACCCCGUCGUCCACCAUGAGGUGCCCGUGGUCCCAACUGUCCCACACAAUGUCGUGCUGAAGACAAUCCCACACACUCUCCCAUACGCUGCCCCCUUCACAUACACUCCUCACUUUUACAGCGUCGUUAAUCCCAUCAAGCUUGUAAAAUAGAUCAAUUUUGUGACUGAUUUCGGGUGUUUUAAAUAAAAAAUUAAGGGCAA